AUGCCCGAUUGCACGCAUCUCAGUCGAAGCGACCUGGAGAAGCGCCUCCGCGAGUCAACGGUCGCCAACAACAGCAUGCGCUCCCACAUCCAGCACCUCGAGCAUCAGCGCAUCAAUGGCGGCGCCGGUGACGAAUACGCUAUUGUUCCUGCGCAGGACAACAUCCAGGGUAUGCGUCGUCAAGUCGAAAACCUGCAAGGCCGGCUCGCUCAUAGCACCAUGGAGUGCAAUGCUCUUCUGCAUCUGGCCAAAGGAGCUCUCGAUCAGCGCGAUGAACUGCUCAAGAUGUACAACGAGAGUUCUGCCGGCCUACCUAGUCUGCAGCAAUACAACGCCCCGGGAUCAAACACCAUCAAUAACAUCAUCGUCAACCAGGUCAAGGCCUCUUCCCGUCCUCCAGUAGUCGAGACUGAUGACGACUCUGACGACACUGACGAUGGCAUCGAGGACUGUGCCGUCAUCCCGGCACCGCUUUAUCGCACUCAAUGCAAGCGCAAAGAGGGGGCGUGCCAACUACAUCGAUGCAAAUUCUUCCACAACUCUCAACUCGGUAAGUAUGGGGACAUCCGUGACUCGCUGCCGAAGAACCCAAUGGAGGUGAAGAUGCUUGAAAUCCAAGGCUGA